AUGGUUUUGGGUUGCUCGCUGCGGAGGUCUGGCAGUCGACAUGACCUCGUGGCUCUUCAUACCAGUGAUGUCCCAGAUGAGGCGAUUGAAUUGUUGAGGAAGGCAGGGUGGCUCCCGAGAGAAGUGGAGUAUGUGGAGGCAGUGUCGGCAUUGUACCAGCGGCACUGCAUCACUGGGCGCUUUGCAGACGUGGUCUUCAGUUUGGUGGAGUACGACAAGAUUUUGUUGAUGGAUGCCGACCUACUAGUCUGCAGUAACGUCGACGAGCUCUUUGACCUUGAGGCUCCUGCUGCAAUGGGCCGUGGGCCAUGGAGCGGCUAUGCUCAUGGCGAGCGGAUCAAUGGCAGUUUCUUCUUCGGCGGUGCCCGCUUUGGUUCCUUCGGCUGGGGUCAGUCGGGUGGUAUCAAUGCUGGAGUGAUGCUGUUGAAGCCCAGUCUGGAGACACUCAGCCACUGCUUAGCUGAGGUGGCAGACGAAAAGCAUCCUGAACACAUCCGGGGCAACGGCCCAGAGCAGGACUACUUGUCGAGAUAUUAUGCGGCUGACUGGAGUCAUAUCAGUGUGGCAUACAACUUUCAGCUACAUCAGAUGUACUAUGCCUUGAACCCCGAGUGUGUGGAGUCAGCUGAUCGAUCUGGCUACUUGGGGUGUCCAGAGAAGGUUAAGAUUUUUCAUUACUCGAGCGAGCCCAAGCCUUGGGCCCGACUCGUCGAGCCGGCAUAUGCAGCCUACACCGAGGAGGAGUGGUUGGAAGAAGUGCUCUCCAAGUUUAACGGCUACCGAGCGUGGGUGCUCAAGGAUCAAGAUGCCAUAGAUCGUGAGGCAGAUCGUUCUGGCUUUGUCUGUGGUCCAGAUGGAAGACUUCGCAGAGCACUGGGAUGGGAAAAAUGCGUCCGCGCAGAUGGUGAGGGGGAGGAUGCAUCCCUCAUAGAAGAGUGGCAUCGAGUGCUCGGCGAAGAGAUCUUCGUUCCUGCGACUGCCAUAGCAGGUGCCGAGAAGGUGACACGCAGUGCAUUGAAGCUGUGGGAGAAGGCUUACCAGGAGCUUGCCAAUAGUCUUGGGGACGCGAACCUUGCCGCGACCGUGAUGCGGUCCGUGGGGAAGGAUUCUGCGUCUGUGAGUGCGGUGAGUUGGAAAAGAAGUGACGGAUGGUGGGUGGCACCAGAAGAGUGGCCGAUAGAGAGACGUUUGACCUCUGCCUGCUCUUGGUGUGUCAGUGGGCCACAGGCGAUACAUGGCGAUACAGAAGACCAGCAGUGA